AUGAAAAAGUGCAGCCUGAACCCUACCCAGCUGGAGGACACUGCCGCAGAAAGCUCCGUCUGGCACCAGCUCUGCCAGCAGAGAACGUCGAAACUGGAAGAGGACCGAACGAAAAGGCAGAAUUCACUGAACUGCAUCCUGCACGUAAAGGCGAAGCCUCGCAACUGCUCGCUACCGGAAGUGCCCCCAGGAGAGGGAGAUCACGAGAACCUUCUGGAGGGUAUUUUUGGCCUACUCUUCCACGCUUGCCAAUACAUCGUGGAAGAGGAUGGAGGCUCUGCCGGAAAGGCUGGGCGAGGCUGGCGGGCAGAGUGCGUGGCAGGGAGCAGAGAUCUCGCUGUGAUUUAUCCACUGCUGGAUGAAGGCCCUCCCCGAAGUCGUCUGCGGUCUCGUGCUGCAGCAAUCUGUCGAGCUCCUGCACAAGAGCUGACCUCAUCGCUCCGUUUCUGCAGUGGACGUCAUCUCGGUCCAUCGAGCACACCUGCACAGGAGCCGGUGGACAUCCUCCCGGGCAAGGUCUAUCUGCCACUCUGUCAUUGUGUCGAGAAGUUCGCACGGACGUACUCGGAGACGGAGUGGCUUCGUCAAUCCACUGCUGGAUGGAGGACGCCAUGUGUCGAUGGUCAGCGGAAGUUGGUGAAGGUGGCGCUCUGA